GCAUGAGAAUGGUCCACAGAAGUGACUUGAGAUUCUUGCAACACUAGUUCAGGCAUACAUUUUAAUUAUUAAUUGUAGGUCCCAUGAAUAGGGGUAACAAAUGGAUUUCCUUACGCUAUUUGCUAUCUAUAUGGGGGUCGUGCUGACCUGCAUAGCCUUGGUUUGUAAAUACUCUGGUCAACAACAAACUCCUUUUGGUGUACUUUUCGACGCCUUGACAAAGGCAGUAUCACCAUGGACACCACUAUGGCUUCAAAGCUUUACACAGAGGAUCUUACACAAGCUAUUUCAUCAACGGAACAGCAUGUUUAUCUUUCUUCAUAUCUUUCUUGAGGGGAUGGUAUACACAGAGUUCACCUAUGAGGUGUUUGGAUUCUGCAGGGACAUGGACACCACUCUCACCAGCCUGUCAGUGCCUUACAUUCUACUGGUGAUCAAGUCCUGGUUCUUCUACCUCUGCAUUAAUAGGGAUCCUGGAACAGUUACAAAGAAACGACAUGCAGGCCAGGUGCAGUUAUACCCAUAUGACAAGAGGUUGUUCCACCCUGGACUCUGCUGCCCUACCUGUCAGCUGGUCAAACCGGCUCGCUCUAAACAUUGUAGAGUCUGCAACAGGUGUGUUCAACGCUUUGACCACCACUGUGUCUGGGUCAACAACUGCGUCGGAGCUCAGAACACCCGGUACUUUCUGCUCUACCUGCUAAGCGUGUGUGCCAUGGCUGGAGACAUAGCCCUGCUAACUGGGGACAUGCUGCUGCAUGCUGUGGUUCGUUCAGGACUGCUACGAGCCCGCUAUGUAGAUGACAAUGGGCAGCAACAGGAGGCAGGGAUGCUCUUUGUCAUACAGCACCUGUUCCUUACCUUCCCCAGGAUUGUCUUCAUGCUAGGCUUCCUGGUCUUUGUCUUCCUGCUCCUGGCAAGCUAUGCCAUGUUCCACUUCUACCUAGGUGUUGUUAACCAGACCUCCAAUGAGUGGUACAAGGGACGAGGGCACAUCUGUCAGCACUGCCACCCUUCACCAGACCACCUCUGUGGUCCCCCAGCCUCUGGCCAGUCCAAAAGAUGGUUCUACAAUAGAGGGGUGCUAAAAAACCUGAAGGAGAUAUUUUGUCCACUUAGUCCUGUUCACAAGAAAGACAAUUGAGUUUGGGGGGUUGUUACCAUGUAGACUCACCACACUACUGAAUGUUUGCAUUUUUAUGUAUAUAUCUUUUUUAACGUUUAGGGGGAUGUUAAUCAUAUAUUUUUUUUAAACUGUAAUAAACUUCUUAGAAAAUG